UCGAUUCCAGGCGAUCAGUCCCGCAUGCACGGAGUUGGAAAUGGUUGUCACAGACUGGUUAGGUAAACUCGUGUCUCUACCGAAGCAGUUUUUACACGAGGGAGGAGAGGGUGGGGGGUCCAUUCAGGGAUCUGGAAGCGAGUGUAUUUUCUUGGCUCUUUCCGCUGCAAAACGUCACACUCUACAAAACACAGUGGACGAAGCUCCCCGGCUUGUCGCCUACACCUCAUGUUUGGCUAACGUAUGUGUUCAAAAGGCUUGUUCACUGGGGUCCGUGAUUUUACGACAGAUCGAAGUAGAUGAAAAUCUUUCCUUGUCUGUAAAAGCUUUGAAAAGAAGCAUCAUGACAGACAAAUCAAAUGGACUCCAUCCCUUUUUUGUCUGUGCCACGGUGGGCACCACUUCUUGUUGUUCCUUUGAUGACAUUUAUGAGCUGUCGGAGGUGUGUGACAAGGAGAACGUCUGGCUGCACGUUGAUGCUGCGUAUGCCGGUUGUGCGUUAGUUUGCCCAGAAUUCCACUACCUCAUUGAUGGCAAAGAGAAAAUUUCCUCCAUCUCUUUUAAUCCACACAAAUGGUUGCUGACAACAACAGAAUGUGCUGUACUUUGGUUGAAGAACAAAAAACCUCUAACUGAUUGCCUCGGUGCUAGUGCCACAUAUCUACAGCAUAAACAUCAAGCUGAAACAACUGACUUCAGA